GUGUCAGCGCUCGCGCGGAGUGGAUCGCGAGUACGUGCUCGUUCCAAAACUGGGAACGUAUAGAGAAUGACGAGGGUGUCCUUUCUGGCCGUGUCACAAGACGCUGAGAAGGACGCUGAGUUCGCGCGCUGACGGUUCGUCGUCUGCCUCCGCAGCCAUGUCAUCGCGGUGAACACGCUCAACGUUUUUUACGAUCGUUCGUCUCCGUCGAAGGUAGUAAUAUCGCACGUGGCCACGGCGGGGGCAGGAUUGUUCUCCAGCCGGCGCGUUAACGUGCUGUGCGUGGUAACAGUGGAUGUGCUCCGUUCGAUCUCAUCACCUCGCGACAUAUCAUCGGUCAAGUUUCUCCCUCUGCGAUUCUGUGUGCCCUGUGACCGGACUUAGACCGGUCCUCAAUCCUGGAUAACGCUCGUCCUCCGUGGAGCCGGCCCCGCGUAGCAACCGAGACUGGACGCCCCUCGACGCUGAAUCAACAGGUGGGAAACUGCGAACUAACAGGUGUAUCCCGGAUGGCGGGGACGUUGGUUACACGAUGACGGAACUGCAACCGUCGCCGCCAGGAUAUCGAGUCCAGGAUGAGGCCCCGGGCCCACCUUCCUGUCCUCAGGGCCCUUACAAGUACGCCAGCCACGGCCACGGGAGCGAGUCUACCAAUUUCAAGAGCACCUCGUCCUAUCCUCAGGAAGGCUAUGGCCUUAAGCAGAGCCCCUCUCGGACGGCGGUUUCUAACGAGUACUAUCGCCGCAGAAACGACGGCAGGAGGUCCGCGGAGAACGAGCACGAGACUGGCAGCGCAGCUAAGAAAGCCACGGUUGCCGGUUACAACGAAAGUCACAAGAAGAAUACUGCUGGCUAUAAGAACGACAGCGGGUACAGCGAGAGCCUCGGAUUCGACAGCUACACGCUCCCUCUCAAUGAAAGAGACGAGGCGUCGCCGCCGCCAACGCCGCCGGUCAGAGACGCGUCCAGCCUCAAAGGGGUCUGCUAUGGGCCAGGACACGAGAAGUAUCCUUCGUGGCCGAGUGCGCCGGAGAGACACCCCGACGAGGACGUUCACAGCUCGGGUCACAGCGGAUCCCAUCGUUCCAAGUCCUGGACCGAUCACACCAAUUACCCGAAGGAGAAGCCUGCCCAGUACACCAGACCGCACACGAAGAGGCCCAAUCCCACGUUCACACAGCAGUUAAAGACUGUGAUGGAGCGCUGCGAGAAGAUCCCGGCGGAGACUUUCGAGUCACGCAACAGGAACAACGUGGAAGAGGAACCGAGAUUGUGGCCUCGCGUGGAUCGCGAGGGUAAAGCUCUUGGGGAUGCCGAGUACGUUGUACCGUCGCCUCCUGAGCGCGAGCAGCAGACCAGUCAGACUCUCAGCCAUGCCGAUCUGGAGGCCUACGUUAGGAGCUACCAAGACCCUCAAGUGUCCCAGGUGGACAUAUACCGUGAGGCAACCCUGACGCAAGCAGGUCUCGAGGAGUACACGAGGGUGCAGCAUUCCCAGCAGGCCAGCUACGCACAAUCCGAAGGCUACCACAGUUACGUCUCCAGCGUGGACUCCACCACGAACACCCCGUUCCUCGACAGAUUGAGAAGAGACAGCGAGGCAGUGGCGCAGCGGCCAGCCUCGACUUGGGAGGACACGUCCAGGGAGGGAAGAGACAGCGUGGUGACCACGUCGAGCGGAAGCGCCUCCAGCAGCGAGACCUUGAAAUGGCACGGCUCGAUGUCGGACGUGAGCGUGUCCAGCGGCCUGGCAGCGCGACAGGGUGCGUCGGAUCGGUGGCAUCACGGAUCGAUGUCGGACGUUAGCAGCGUGAACGGCGGAAUUUUGACCCAGAAGUCCAGCAAUGGCUGCCACGACAAGUGGCAGGGCUCCAUGAGCGACGUGAGCAGCACUGGCUUGUCACCGACGACGAAGGGCAGACACAGCGAGAAGUGGCCGGACAAAUGGCAGGUGUCGAUGAACGAUCGUAACAAACAGAACCAGGGUAGAUCUAGUCUGCCAGCUGUGAUCAAUCAUUGCGCCACGUCCACCAACGUGGCUGACGUGUCGACCGUUCGGGAGAGCAAGUGGCAAGAGUCGAACAUCGACGAGGAAUCCCUCGCGGACAAGUCGCAAACGAGCAGUCAGUGGGACAAUUCGACCCGAAUCGAAGCUGACAAAUACGGAUCGUUGGCUCAGCCCAUGCCCCAGAGUCCCAUUCGUCAGCAGGUGGGUCCGUCCAGUCCCCAGAGUCCGGAAACCUGGAAUCCUAUUCACGGAUCGAUGUCGGACGUUAGCCAAGCGAACGGACUUCCGUGUAGCAAACAACUGAUCGCUCAUAGUGCCAGAGUUCAGACGCCGCAGAGACACCAUUCGGAAAGCGUGCUGUACUUGGAUCGCGAACGGACUCAACGCAAACUCUACCCUGUUAGCACUACGCAGCCUCAAGAGUCCACGCAGUCCUCCAGAAUGAACUCAACGUUGCCCCAGCAGCCUCAGAUGACAGUGGCGGAACGCAUAAACGAAUUGGAGAAGCAGCAGAUGCGUUACACUUACUUGGAUCCUGAGAAACGCCAUCGAGUAUCCGACCCAACCUUGAAAGCCAUACAGAAGAAAGCGCUGCUGUCUUUCUACGAGAGACACCACCAAGCCUCUUGGCGAUCGGAGCCACAGCUAGCUCAAGGAUCGGCGCCCGCGCCUCAGAGUCCGCCGCCGCAGCCACCGCCUCGGCCAAGACCAUCCUCGUCCAGACGAGCCAGCUCCGCGUCCGAUUAUGCCAGCGGAACUUGGAGAGAAAACGGAAACAGGAGUCAGAAUCAGAGCAACGGGGAUCUACCGAGUCCCAAGCAUCAGCACAGCAACAGUUGCGGUAGCCUCUCCACGGAUCUCUUGGGUCCGGUUAUAGUCGGCCCAGCUAUAUCCAUUGACGAUUGGGUGCCCGAAAGGCCACCCAAGAAGCCACACCUGAGGAACGUCUACAACGAUCGCGUUCCCAGUCCAGAUCUGCCUCCACCUUCGCCUCCAACGGUGACGGAGAACGAGGUCCACGACUGUGACGAUCCUCUCCCUCCACCACCUCCCGAACUCAGCGACGACUGUUUCCCAGAGCCACCACGCAAGCCCAGCAACACCCACCAUCAGCCAGAGGAGCCCAAGAUCCGCGAAAGAUCCUGCGAUAGACACAAACUGGAGAGACACUCGACGAGAAGAUCGAAACACGCUUCGAAGAGGGAAAACGAGAAAUCUGGAAAGUCCUCGCCGAAUUCGCCCACGAAAACUGUCUCCCAGGACCAGGAACAGCACCAGUUCGUCAGAGCAGCCAUAGCCCUGAAACACGUCGACUCUGAGAUGGUGCUAGAGAACGGUGUCUCUGCCGGAUUCGCCACCCACAGAAUGGUGGCCACCGGUCGGUCCAGCUUGAGAUACCCGUCUACUCAGAAGCUAAUGGUGAACGGCAGAGUUACUCCUGCGAGACGAAUAUCCGAAGAUCGACCAUUCCCCAGCAGACCCCCAGCGCAGCUACCUGAUCUCAUAUCGCAGCGGUACAGCGAUUCUGGUAAUCAAAGGCCAGCUCCCCAGGUUCCAGUGGAGCCAAGAAUCAUUCGACAGGAGUCCAUGAGAGUGGACGGUUCGAGACUCGAUGUCUCUAGCCUGCUCAGGAACGAUUCCACUCAGAGGUUGGAGUCGUCCUCCGGCCAGAGACCUCAACCCCAAGUGCCUAAGAGCGUCGACAAGAACGCUUCGAACGGUCAGUCGACCCAGUCGACGAGACCUAAUUAUUUACCCGUGCCAGAUAAUUCGAAAAGCGCCUCCAAGUAUCUGGAAGGCGGGAACCACGGUUUCUCGAUCGGUAGCCCCGUGAAGACGGGCUACGAAGCCAACUCAAAGAUGUUCCCAUCGGAGGCCAGUCCACAGAAGUAUCACGAGCCACCGAAGUACGUGCCUAAUCAUCACCAACGUCACGGAGACGCGGUCCAGAGGAACUAUUACGCCUUGCCGCCGAAGUACAUCGACGCGCCUAAGCAGAAGCCUCAGCCUCAGUGUCCCACGGACAGAUACGGUGGCUCAGGUUCGCCCAGCUCUCCGCCACCCCCUCUAGCUCCGCGACAGAACACUCCGGGAAGAAAAUCGCUGCCGCCUCCGCCUCGACCAGCUCCUCCACACGCGCUUCAGGGGAGCCAAUCGAAGGCCUCCUACCUGGCCUACCGAAGAGAGCGUGGAGCGCCCGACAGCGAGGGCAGCUACAAGAGGACCAUGUCACCCACGUCUCGCUUAGAGGAUUGGCCGCCACCGCGGGAUCACGACGAUCCCGUUCUGUUGCGCGUCACCCCUCAUCAUCCGUUGCAGCACCAUCAUCACCACCAUCACAACAAUCACCACUCGCAGCAGCCGGAGCUCUCGAAGUCGCACAGCGUGGACGCUCUUCAUCACCGACUGGAGGAACGCACCGCGCAACAACAGCAACAACACUCGAACGAGGUGAUCGGAAAGCUUUCGCACGAGUUGAACAAGAAACUCCAAGCGAGCGAGGCGAGGUCGCGUACCAGCGAAAACAAUAACAACGACAUUCACGAGGAUCGACAUCAGCAUAACCAUCAUCAUCACCACCACCACCUGGAGAAGAGACAGCAGGAGAAGAGGCACGAUUACGAGCGCAGGGAGCGAUUGUCGCCUCAGAGCGUCGAGGUUCUGAACGACAGGAACCGACAGCUGGAACGCGAACGCAGGAAGUUGGCUGCUAGCUGCGAACCCCUACCUCAGAACAGAGAGAAGCUGUCCCGCAGCGUGGACGUUCCCUCGUCGGUGGAGGAGGACUUCUUCCGCGAGCGAAGCGCCACGAUCGAGAUGACCUCGCAGAACAUCGAGCUGCUGAACCGUCGCAACGAGAAGCGAGCGCACUCCACGUCGACCAGCACCACGUGCAUCACGACGUCGUCGACGUCGACGACGAUGACGAUCACGACGGACACUUGCUGGUCGCGCGGACAGGAGGUGCGUAGCUCCGUGGAGACGUCGACCAUCGAGAGGCCGCCCCCGCCGACGAGUUCGCCGCCUAGAUCGCCCAACAGAAUCGAAGGGGAGAGUCCCAGGGGAGCGGUUCCAAGACGGUCCGGAAGCUGUUCCAGUUCCUCGUCCUCGAGCAGAUCGUCCGAUCCUCGAGUGUCGCCACGCAGUUUGUCCAGCAGCUUCUCGAAGAUCGAUGGAUCACCUAUCAAUAGGAAGGUCUCCAGCCCCACCCAAACGGACAACACUGGUUCCUCGAACAGAUCUAGCUCGCCAACUCAUGCACGAUCGAACGAGAUAGAGCUGAGAGUGGAUAGAUCGUCCUCGUCCUCGAAGUCCAGGUCGGGAGGCAGGUCCUCAACGUCCUCGAUCUCCAGCGCCUCCAAAGCGUCCUCCUCCUCGUCGUCGAGAAACUCACCGAUCGAGGGUGACAAAUCCGCGCCUACGUCGCCGUGCGUGUCUCCUCAGCCGGGAAUAGAAGGGCUGACCCUGUUGCAACGCACCGAAGUAGUCCUUCGAGUGAACGCGCCUACCAGCGACGCCGCCUCGCAGACUGACAUCCUGGAACCCAUGGACCACGACGUCUCCUCCAAGAGCCAGGAACUUCAGCUGUGUCGGAAGAAACUGCCAGAGGAGAUCGAGUGCGAGGAGCUAGGUCGAGAUCUGGCCAGUCAACUUAACCCUAACGACAAACUGGUGCCCCUAUUAGUUCCAGCGCCGGAGCACAAGAAGCCCACCGACUACGUUUCCGGUUUGUUCAGGGUGGAGGCGACCUUGCUGCCCAGACCGAGGCGCCGACUAUCCCUGGAGGAGCCGACGACCCCGUGUUCUGAAAAUGGAUCCGAUGACGAGAAAAAGAACGAAACGAUACCUUCAGCACCGGUCACUCUGCUGUCGAGCGACUCGACCAGCCCUCUGUCACCGACGUCGGCGUAUUUCACCACGUCCGAGGGCAAAGCCAGGUUCCUGACCAGAUACUCGCGAGAUGUGACGGUCGAGGGUCUAAUGCGUCAAGAGGAUGCUCCCUCGGUCAUCCCCACGGAUAGCCUUGAUCUCAGGCAAAAGAAGGUAUAA